CGGCGAGCGCCGCGACGUCCUGCGCGCCGUGGACCUGUGGUCGCUCGUCGAGCUGCGCGGCGGCCUCGGCGCAGGCAUGGCCGCCGGCUCGCUGAGCCAGGGACAGAGGCAGCUGUUCAGCCUGGCCAGGGCGAUCCUGCGGAGGCGGGUGCGGUCGAGGGUCCUAUUCGGUGCUUCGUCAUCUGGGUCGGAGUCGACCCACGGGGAAGGCGGAUAUGGUGGUGGUGGUGGUGGUGGUGGUGGCGUUACGCCGGCGGGGAAGGCGCGCGGCGAAGGGGGCAUACUCCUCCUCGAUGAGGUGUCGUCCAGCGUGGACAGGGACACGGACCGGGCUGUGCAGGCCAUCAUCGAGCGCGAAUUUAAGGGGUACACGGUCGUCAUGGUGAGCCACCGGCUGGAGGCGGUGAUGGAUUUCGACCGCGUCAUCGUCAUGGACUCGGGCAGGGUGGUGGAAGCGGGGCCGCCGAGGCGGCUGGUCGAGGUUGAGGGCGGGAGAUUUAGAGAUCUGUGGCUUGUAGGGAAUGAAGAGUAGAAGGUGGUAGCUACCAGGGACAGCUGAGGCCCUCGUAAUACUUGGCCAUGCGUGUGGAGCAAUUCUCUUGUUAUGUUUGAUCUAGACAGAGGCAGAUAUAAACACGACUCGUGACUCUAAUACAACUAUCAAACCAUCAC